GACAUCUCUAUGUACUCUCUCCUUUUGCCGUAACUUGUUUCACCGUGAGAAACAAUCUCUCGCCGCCUUGUUGUCUCAAACAUUCGCUGGCCCCCAUUGACGCAUCCAACCGCUCUCCUCCACAUCUAUCAUCCGUAGAGUCUCAAUCUCUGUUCUUAAAGCUGAACAAUGGUUCGCUCCAAAGCUCCCGCGAAGAAGCAGCAAAUUGAUUUCAAGAAAAUCAAGCGAAAGCUGGGGAGAAAAUUACCUCCACCAAAAAAUGCAACUAACACAGAGAUUAAAUCCAAAGCAAUUAUAAUUCCUGAGCAAAGUGUGGCAGCAGAAAAGACUGGCUUUGCUACAAGUAAUAAAAACUUGACCUUGGAGGAGCUUCUAGUACGAAGUCGUCAUCCCAAUGCUAAAGUUCGCAAAAAUGCGUUGCUUGGUAUCCAAGACCUUUUAAAAAGUCAUCCAGUAGAGCUGCAGUCAAAGAAAUAUACUAUCAUACAAUGUCUUAAGGGACGCGUUAAUGAUGAUGAUAAGCAAGUGAGAAAAGCUUUUUAUGAACUAUUUGAGACUCAGAUCUUUCGUGUUUGUAAACAAGAGGAUAUCAAGGGACUUAUGGUGUCACCUUUGAUGCUAUCCAUAUUUCACGCUAUGGCUAAUUCAUUGAUUGAUGUUCGUUUGGAUGCUUUCGCUUUUUUACACCUUGUUGUGGACUACUACCCGCCUUCAUUUUCCAUGUAUCCUGAAGAGAUUCUUGAAAACUACAAGGAUAUCAUUAUUCAGAGCAACCAUUUUUAUGUGCAAGAUAAAACUAAUCUAAAGGUAGCUCUUUCCGGGUUGUCACAUUGCCUCUCGCUGUUGCCAUAUGAUGAGAUCCACACCAAAUCACAGAAAAAGCAUUUCCAACAAAUUGAAACCCUACUCGCCUAUGAGCAAGAUGCUGCAAAAGAAGGUUUUGCCCACGUCUCUGUGAGAUUGAAGGAGAUUGUUGGAGCCUUAAUCAAUUGUUUCCAAGAUUUCAUUCAACUGCUUUGUGCUCCACGAGGAUUGGAUCCACAAUCAUUAAUUGAUUGCGUGCACCAUAUCCUCUGCAGCAUAUGUUGUGCCAUCAAGUUUUCGCACACUCAGACACAUACUGCAACUGAAGAAGAAGAAGUUACUCUGAUGAAACUCGAUCACCACAUUUCAUCAAUGUUAUCAAAAAAGUUACUUGCUUCUUUUCCCCUUAUUCCCAAAAUCUACCUUUCUAAAAGGAAUGAUGAAAGCUACUUUAUCCUCAACGGUGUAUUGACUGAAAUCUUUUUGGAAGUAAGUGAAUGGAGCCACCUUCCUUGUGACCUUUCCUAUAGAUUUCUGGAAUUUAUUGAGAAUACCCUACUAGGCAAGAUCAUCAGGAGCAUUAGUCCACCUAUUCACGAAAAAGCUUUGCUUUUACUCGUGCCUUUUGUUCCAAAACUUACUUUGAGGGUGGACCGUGAUUGGAGAGAUAAACUGAUGCAGGCGUUCACUAUUACUUUAAGCGAUUGCAAACCAGAGUCUCCACUUCAAUUAGCCUGCAUUUCAAUUGUUAGAGAACUGAUUAUCCCUAAUGGAAAUAUCCUUUAUCCCAAUGAUCCAACCGUAGAUAACUACCAGCUUGCUUGGGUCAACAAACUUCCGUCACUGCUUCAUCAGUUGGGUGAUAAGAAUCCCGUUUCUACCCAGGUUGUUUUGCAACUUUUGCUUGACCUUGGGCGAGUUGGGUUUCUGAAGAAUACUUCCCCUGCAUUUGAAGAAGACGUCAGAAACUUCUUCAACCCUUAUCAGGGAGAAGGUGAUGUGCCUGGUGGACCAUUUGCAAGUCUCCCUAGGGAAGCCCAAGAACUUGCUCUCUCUUUCCUUUACUACUUCACCAUAGACCAUUUCAGUUCCCCUAUGCUGAAAGCAAUAGUUUCAUGCUGUUUAUAUGAACAACUUAAACCAGCUGUGUUGUAUCGGAUAGUGGAAAUUCUUCACACUGCGUAUAGAGAUGGAUAUAUUCAGAUUACAGAUCAUUUUAGCUUCUUCAUCACUCUAAUUGCGCGUUUCAAAGUUGUCCCUCCAGAGAUGGGGAUCGAGUGUGAUGAGCGGCGGGAGACAACAUUCAAAGCACUUACAAACCUUGUGUGCUCAUGUUUGUCAGGAAUGGGUGAUAGCUCUCUUGUCCUCCAGAUUCUAGAGAAAGCUUUUGUCGAACAAAUAGGCAAAUACUUUAUUUUGAAACCUGCUUUGGACAAUGGGUGUGGCAUACUCAGGAUGAUCUGCACGUUGGACUCUAAACCCACCAGACUUUCUGAAAGCAGCGUAACCACUCUAAGUGAAUUCUUGCCGGGGUAUUUGAUGGAUAUAGUCAAUUGUAUACCCGAAGAUAAGGAGAAGUCUUCUUACCUUUACAUACAAACAUGUCUCUACUAUUUAGUACCUUGCUUUUUGCUGUUUGACCGGAGCUCCAAACUCACAGAAGAGGUUCUGAAAAGAUUGCGAUUGAUGGUUAGUGAAUACACUAAAGCGAUGCUGGAAUCACCGGUCUGGGAGAGCAGUCGAAACUUGUUGAAUUUGAUACAAUGCAUUGUCUCUGUGAUCCUGCUGAUGCACAACGACGUCAGAGUUAGGAAGAUAAUAUCAUCAUUCAAGUCGGAGAUUGAUUUGAUUCUGCACAGCGUUGUCACGUUGCAGUCCUCGAGCAUGACAGUAGAAGGAAAGCAUAUGAUGAAGAUUGCAGGAGAGCGACUUAGGAUUGCAUCCAAUAGCUUAGUAAGUUGUACAACUGUGACAAUAGAAUAAUUUGUGCUCUCAGGCUUUUCUUUGCUUGUUUGGGAAACCACCAACUUUCAAUGGCAAUAUUGUGUAGAAUAUUAUCCAAAACUACGAUUCGUCUUAGCUUAUUAUUUUUCUGCUCUCU